AUGACAUGAUGCGGAAGAAUUACAAUCUCAUGCUACAGUUUGCACAUGUGUUUGUUUAUUAGACAUGUAUUGCAAGAAAUAUGUCGUUUUAGGACAUUUAUUAUUGCAUUCAUUUAUAAUUAGAUGAUAUAAGUGAAAUGACAAAUUGCUUAAAGACUAUGAUUUCUGCUGUUGGUUGAGCUUGGUAAACAGUAGCGUAUCCUAACAGUGUUAGCUAGCUAGCUACAAUGUUAUAGUGUGUUAUGGUGUCACAUUGAUUCGUUUAGAAAAUGAAAUAUUUGUAGCACGGGCGCUUCACUCUACACAUUACAUAACUGGACAGUCUAUCUACCAUGACUAUGAAGGAGGAAGCACCGAGUGUCCCUGAGUGCUACAUCUCAGAACAUGAAGGGUUCUAUGGAACCAUCAAGAACUCCACCAGAGACUUUGUAGUCACAGAGAUAGACAUCCAUGGCCAGAUGGUUACUAAACCCAGUGUAUCUGAUGUUCCUCAAUCAUCCAACAUUACUGAGGCAUGCCCAGGUGCCAAGUCUGAAGGAAAGACAAAUAUUAUUAGCCCAAAACAUCAACACAACCUCAAAGAAGAGAAUUGUCCUCCGGUUGUAAAGGGUGUGGAUUCAGUACCUGGACCCGGUCAGAAUGGUGACAUCACAUCCACCGCCAGCCAAGACUGUUUUGACCUGAGCACGAUACUGGGUCAGGAUGUCUGUGAAGAGCUAGAGCAGUUCACUGCUUUAUUGAGAGAGGCGUCAUCAAGUCCCAAUGAUGGCGUUGAGAAGAAUCUGGCCAACCAAGAAUCAUCCAAUGGCAGUGAGAAGAAGAUGGCCAGUCAAGAGUUAUCCCUGGGUUCAUUCCCAGACAAACACCAAAGAGCUAAUGUCCACCGUGCUGUUCGACACAACUUUCCCUUCCUGUUGACAGUAACCAACCAAUCAGAGAUCAGGGUUAAGGAGGACCCUGACUUUAAGCUCCUAUCAGGUUUGGUCUCCGAGGAGGAGGCCGAAGACUUUAUCAGGUUCAUCGACACCAAGAUGCCUAACUCUGUGUACACGUUCAGGGGUGAUGACAGUAAGGAGCACAGGACGGCAGUGCACCACUUCCUCAGUAGACGGUUUGGUAAACUGGUGGAGACUAAGAGCUUCAGUGACCAGCAGCAGAAGACUACGGCCAUUACGGUCAGGUUGAGAGAAAAAGGGAAACCCAGGAAGAGGACGGCUGAUGACAGUAAAGAGGAAGAGGUCUAUACAGCGUUCACUCUGAGGAAGGAGAACCUAGAGACUCUGGAGGCUAUCAGCUACAUGGCAGCUGUCCUGGGGGUGCUGCCCUCUGACUUCACCUACGCCGGCAUCAAGGACAAGAGGGCCGUCACCUACCAGUCCAUGGUGGUCAAGAAGAUCUCACCACAACGGCUGAGAGAGAAGGCCAGUGAGUUUGAGAAGAGGGGGGUGGUCCUCUCCUCCGUCCGCUCCGUCUCUGAGCCUCUUCAUCUGGGUAGACUCCAGGGGAACCACUUUGACCUGGUGGUACGGGACCUGAGACCACACCAGGGUCAUGGCACACUGAUGGAGCUGGACUCACUGGUGCAGGAGGCUGUGGACAACGUAAAGGUCAAGGGGUUUGUGAACUACUAUGGACCUCAGAGGUUUGGGACUGGACAGAGUGUUCAGUCUGACCGCGUCGGACUGGCCCUGCUCAAAGGGGAAAUGGUGGCAGCUGUCCGUCUGUUCUUCACACCAGAAGAGGGUGAUGACCCUCAGAGUGUUGCCAAGAGACACUUCCUCCAGACUGAUAAUGCCAAGGAGGCCCUGUCUCUGAUGCCCAUGUCCAAGGCCAGAGAGAGGAUGAUGCUGAGGGCCCUACAUCGCUAUGGGACGGGCCCAGAGGGCUGCACCCGUGCCUGGCUCAGCCUGCCCCAUGGGAUGAGGGUCUUCUACCCCCACGCAUACUGCAGCCGGGUCUGGAACGAGGCGGCUGCACACAGGCUGGCCACGCUGGGCCACAGGGCCAGGCAGGGAGAUCUGGUCUGGAAGCAGAGGGGAGAGGAGGGGAUAGAGGCGGGAGAAACCAGCUUACCUCAGAUUCAUGUUGUUACUGCUGCAGAGGAGGAAGUCUACUCACUAGGACAGGUGGUUCUUCCCAUGCUUGGCAACAGUGUGAAGUACCCAGAGAACCCUGUAGGGGGCUGGUACCAGGAGAGACUGGCGAGGGACGGACUACAGAGCUGUCGUUUCAGAGUCACUCCUCUCAAACUGAACCUCCCUGGCUGCUACCGCCCCUUACUGGCCAUCCCACAUAGCCUGACCUACAGGCUGGAGCAGAGCCAGAGAGCUGGGGAGAGGCAACAGGAUUGUAAUGGAAAGUCGCAUGCUAGUGGAGCGGUACCACAGAACCCUGACACAGACACAACUAGACAUGGAGGUCUGGAGAGGCAGAGAGGAGGGGAGAGCGUGCAGGGUAAUGGACAGGGGGAGUCAACGGUGCAGUACCCUGACACAGACACACCUAGUUUGACGUUGAACUUUGACCUGGACUCUUCCUGCUACGCUACCGUCUGCCUCAGAGAGGUCAUGAAAUGUGACCCUUAGACUGGAGUCUCAGAUGCUGUAUGUACUACUGUGUGUACAGUAUUUUGAUUAGUAUUGUGUUGUGUACAAAGUGUGGCCUCUUGUGUAGAUGUAGGAUACUGCUACAGUAUUUUGAUUAGUAUUGUGUUGUGUACACAGUGUGGCCUCUUGUGUAGAUGUAGGAUACUGCUACAGUAUUGUGAUCAGUAUUGUGUUGUGUACACAGUGUGGCCUCUUGUGUAGAUGUAGGAUACUGCUACAGUAUUGUGUUGUGUACACAGUGUGGCCUCUUGUGUAGAUGUAGGAUACUGCUACAGUAUUGUGAUCAGUAUUGUGUUGUGUACACAGUGUGGCCUCUUGUGUAGAUGUAGGAUACUGCUACAGUAUUGUGAUCAGUAUUGUGUUGUGUACACAGUGUGGCCUCUUGUGUAGAUGUAGGAUACUGCUACAGUAUUGUGUUGUGUACACAGUGUGGCCUCGUGUGUAGAUGUAGGAUACUGCUACAGUAUUGUGAUCAGUAUUGUGUUGUGUACACAGUGUGGCCUCGUGUGUAGAUGUAGGAUACUGCUACAGUAUUGUGUUGUGUACACAGUGUGGCCUCGUGUCUAGAUGUAGGAUACUGCUACAGUAUUGUGUUGUGUACACAGUGUGGCCUCGUGUGUAGAUGUAGGAUACUGCUACAGUAUUGUGUUGUGUACACAGUGUGGCCUCGUGUCUAGAUGUAGGAUACUGCUACAGUAUUGUGUUGUGUACACAGUGUGGCCUCGUGUGUAGAUGUAGGAUACUGCUACAGUAUUGUGUUGUGUACACAGUGUGGCCUCGUGUGUAGAUGUAGGAUACUGCUACAGUAUUGUGAUCAGUAUUGUGUUGUGUACACAGUGUGGCCUCGUGUGUAGAUGUAGGAUACUGCUACAGUAUUGUGUUGUGUACACAGUGUGGCCUCGUGUGUAGAUGUAGGAUACUGCUACAGUAUUGUGAUCAGUAUUGUGUUGUGUACACAGUGUGGCCUCGUGUGUAGAUGUAGGAUACUGCUACAGUAUUGUGUUGUGUACACAGUGUGGCCUCUUGUGUAGAUGUAGGAUACUGCUACAGUAUUGUGUUGUGUACACAGUGUGGCCUCUUGUGUAGAUGUAGGAUACUGCUACAGUAUUGUGUUGUGUACACAGUGUGGCCUCGUGUGUAGAUGUAGGAUACUGCUACAGUAUUGUGUUGUGUACACAGUGUGGCCUCUUGUGUAGAUGUAGGAUACUGCUACAGUAUUGUGUUGUGUACACAGUGUGGCCUCUUGUGUAGAUGUAGGAUACUGCUACAGUAUUGUGAUCAGUAUUGUGUUGUGUACACAGUGUGGCCUCGUGUGUAGAUGUAGGAUACUGCUACAGUAUUGUGUUGUGUACACAGUGUGGCCUCGUGUGUAGAUGUAGGAUACUGCUACAGUAUUGUGAUCAGUAUUGUGUUGUGUACACAGUGUGGCCUCGUGUGUAGAUGUAGGAUACUGCUACAGUAUUGUGAUCAGUAUUGUGUUGUGUACACAGUGUGGCCUCUUGUGUAGAUGUAGGAUACUGCUACAGUAUUGUGAUCAGUAUUGUGUUGUGUACACAGUGUGGCCUCGUGUGUAGAUGUAGGAUACUGCUACAGUAUUGUGUUGUGUACACAGUGUGGCCUCGUGUGUAGAUGUAGGAUACUGCUACAGUAUUGUGAUCAGUAUUGUGUUGUGUACACAGUGUGGCCUCUUGUGUAGAUGUAGGAUACUGCUACAGUAUUGUGUUGUGUACACAGUGUGGCCUCUUGUGUAGAUGUAGGAUACUGCUACAGUAUUGUGAUCAGUAUUGUGUUGUGUACACAGUGUGGCCUCGUGUGUAGAUGUAGGAUACUGCUACAGUAUUGUGUUGUGUACACAGUGUGGCCUCGUGUGUAGAUGUAGGAUACUGCUACAGUAUUGUGAUCAGUAUUGUGUUGUGUACACAGUGUGGCCUCUUGUGUAGAUGUAGGAUACUGCUACAGUAUUGUGUUGUGUACACAGUGUGGCCUCUUGUGUAGAUGUAGGAUACUGCUACAGUAUUGUGUUGUGUACACAGUGUGGCCUCUUGUGUAGAUGUAGGAUACUGCUACAGUAUUGUGAUCAGUAUUGUGUUGUGUACACAGUGUGGCCUCGUGUGUAGAUGUAGGAUACUGCUACAGUAUUGUGUUGUGUACACAGUGUGGCCUCGUGUGUAGAUGUAGGAUACUGCUACAGUAUUGUGAUCAGUAUUGUGUUGUGUACACAGUGUGGCCUCUUGUGUAGAUGUAGGAUACUGCUACAGUAUUGUGAUCAGUAUUGUGUUGUGUACACAGUGUGGCCUCUUGUGUAGAUGUAGGAUACUGCUACAGUAUUGUGAUCAGUAUUGUGUUGUGUACACAGUGUGGCCUCUUGUGUAGAUGUAGGAUACUGCUACAGUAUUGUGAUCAGUAUUGUGUUGUGUACACAGUGUGGCCUCUUGUGUAGAUGUAGGAUACUGCUACAGUAUUGUGAUCAGUAUUGUGUUGUGUACACAGUGUGGCCUCUUGUGUAGAUGUAGGAUACUGCUACAGUAUUGUGAUCAGUAUUGUGUUGUGUACACAGUGUGGCCUCUUGUGUAGAUGUAGGAUACUGCUACAGUAUUGUGAUCAGUAUUGUGUUGUGUACACAGUGUGGCCUCUUGUGUAGAUGUAGGAUACUGCUACAGUAUUGUGAUCAGUAUUGUGUUGUGUACACAGUGUGGCCUCUUGUGUAGAUGUAGGAUACUGCUACAGUAUUGUGAUCAGUAUUGUGUUGUGUACACAGUGUGGCCUCUUGUGUAGAUGUAGGAUACUGCUACAGUAUUGUGAUCAGUAUUGUGUUGUGUACACAGUGUGGCCUCUUGUGUAGAUGUAGGAUACUGCUACAGUAUUGUGAUCAGUUUUGUGUUGUGUACACAGUGUGGCCUCGUGUGUAGAUGUAGGAUACUGCUACAGUAUUGUGAUCAGUAUUGUGUUGUGUACACAGUGUGGCCUCGUGUGUAGAUGUAGGAUACUGCUACAGUAUUGUGAUCAGUAUUGUGUUGUGUACACAGUGUGGCCUCUUGUGUAGAUGUAGGAUACUGCUACAGUAUUGUGAUCAGUAUUGUGUUGUGUACACAGUGUGGCCUCUUGUGUAGAUGUAGGAUACUGCUACAGUAUUGUGAUCAGUAUUGUGUUGUGUACACAGUGUGGCCUCUUGUGUAGAUGUAGGAUACUGCUACAGUAUUGUGAUCAGUUUGCCGAUUCGUUGCCUGAUUUGUCAGACAUGUGGUUAAUAAAAAAUGCUUUGUUAAUUUA